CUGCCUGUCUUGAGUUAUAUUUUGUGUGGAAUUAUUGCUUAAUAUCAAGAUGACGUAGUCCCACCAGGUAAUAAAAUUGUGUCAGGCUGAGCAAAGCUCAAUUUGAAGGCGAAACGCGACGAGGAAGAAAGCAAGUAAUAUUAUCUUGUGGAGUAAAAAUCAUCCAGGAUGGACCAGAACUAUCAAAACUUUGACCCAGCCUUUAUCCAAGGGGCUGUGUUUUACUCUAAUCAGGCUCCGUCGUAUGGGUACAUGUACACACCGUACCAGUACCAAGGCUACAGCGGGCUUCCGCCUCAAACAGGAGAAGUGAGUGCGCCCAUGACAUCAGACAGCUGUAUUCAUCCUGUGGGAAUGACAACAUCGCAGCAGCCCUCUAACCAGUAUGUCAUGCCAGUUGGUGGAAUCCCGGUUGAUGGAGUAUAUUGUGAAGAGGUGAAAGUGUCCCCAGUGAUGUAUGCAAGGAAUUCAUCUGAACAGUAUUCCCCAAGAGAAGAAGUUUCAUCACUGCAGGAACAUUUUAAGAAGUCAUCAGGAACACAGCAGAAAUACCCGAACCCACAAAGAUCAAAUCCUUUUCACCAAGGAAAUCAGCAGAACUACAGAGGAAAGGGGAACAAACGGAAACCUAGAUUAAAUAGUGGUGCAUCAUGGGAUAGGCGUAGAACCGAGAUAGAUGACAUUACAUGGAAGCAGUCACAAGAGUGUCAUUCACAGACCAACCCGUCAUGUGGGAGAAGGCAGUCUCGUGGUAAGGGAGGUAACUCUGGAUCCCAGAACAGACAACACGACCCGAGAAGUCGAUAUAGCAGGGAGGGUUACAAAUCAGAAACUGACGACAUCUGUAACCAUCAAGCCAGAGGAUCUGAAGGUAGAAUUAGACACAACCGUCAAUUAGAGGAUAGAAAUGAUAAUAGAGUCAGAGGUAGAGAUAAUUAUUCUCGAAACUCGUGGUCUAAUUCGGCCAACACCAGAGGUGCAAGAAAGCCUAGGGGCCAGGUUGGUGUUCAGAACAUCCAGGAGAACAAUAACCAGAGUUAUCAAAAUUUGACUGAUGAAGAAAAAGAGCAGCUCAGUGCAAAAGACAAAGCAAAAGACGGUGUCCAAAACAGCCAAGGCAGUCGGGAUCAUUUUUCUUUGGUUGACAAAGUCUCAGGGCUUAUUGGAUCACGGCCAAGAUCCCAUGGCUCCAGAAAGGAUGAACUUUCUCAGGAAGAUACCAAACAGUUGAGAUCCAUGGAUGAUGACAAUAAACCUCAUCUCCCUGCAGUUUCCAAGUCUUCAGCGAUGAAGAAACGAAGCACUCCUGUUGGGAGAGUGGAUGAGACACAGAGAGAGAGCUACAUUGAGCAGCUGCGGCAGGGCUCGUAUGAGUGUAUGGUUUGUUGUUGUAACAUUCGCUGUGAGGUGGCCAUCUGGAGCUGCUCCAACUGCUACCAUAUCUUCCAUUUGUACUGCAUCAAAAAAUGGGCUAGAAGUCCUGCUGCAUGCAUAGAAGGUGGGGAGGGCUGGCGAUGCCCCAGCUGUCAGAAUGUAACAGAGAAGGUCCCUAACCAGUAUAAGUGCUUCUGUGGUAAACGUCUAGAUCCAGCCUAUGACAGAUACGAGACUCCCCAUAGCUGUGGAGAAGUGUGUGGUCGUCAGAAGAAUGUGAACUGCCCUCAUCCCUGUAACAUUCUGUGUCACCCUGGUGCCUGUGCGCCAUGUGAAGCCACUGUGAAUAAGACGUGUGAAUGUGGAAAAACCAGACAGUAUAUUAAGUGCAUCAACGCGUCCAAUUUCCGGUGUAAGACAGUGUGUGGAGCAACGCUGAACUGUGGGAAGCACCAGUGUAAGGCCGUGUGUCAUAAGGGAGACUGUGACAGGUGCGACGAGACGUUCCAGCAAGCAUGUUUUGGGGGGGCACACCAAACGGACCAUCAUCUGUGGCACAGAGGAAAGCCUUUUUACCUCGUUCUCAUGUGGCCAGGUGUGCCACAGGCUUACUUUUUGGUUGCAUUCAUUCACGAUGAAGACAGCAAGAACUGCUGCGAUGAACUGGAAGGGCUUUGCCAUAUUGAAAUGACAGAAAUGUCACUUUUUACAACAACAACAAAGUUAUUGGACUGUGGACACCAUCAUUGUCAGAAGGAGUGUCACGACGGACCAUGUCAGCCAUGUCAGAGACAACCCUCGCUUCUUACACACUGUCCAUGCGGCAAAACAGAGUUAUCUACCUUGACUCAGGUUGUUCGCAAAUCCUGCCUGGAUUCAGUACCACUGUGUGAGGAAAAAUGCGGCAAACCACUGGAUUGUGGACCCCAAGACAAUCCUCACAUAUGUGAGAGAACGUGUCACGAAGGGCCUUGUGGCCCGUGUCAGGGGUCGUCGUUACGGCGAUGUCGUUGUGGACUGCUGGAGAAAGAGCUGCCAUGUACUGAGGCCAGCCAAUAUACAGCCAACAAUCCCUUGCUGUGUGAGAAGCGAUGCAACAAGAAAAGGAUGUGUGGCAAACACAAGUGUAACCAGUGCUGUUGUGUGCAAGAGGAGCACAUAUGUGAACUGGUCUGUGGAAGGAAACUCACCUGUGGGCUUCACAAGUGUGAGCACCUGUGUCACCGUGGUAACUGCUCACCUUGUCUACAAGCCAGUUUUGAUGAGCUGACUUGUCACUGUGGUGCAGCAGUGUUACACCCACCUGUAGCCUGUGGUACCCGUCCCCCAGAAUGUGUUCAGAUCUGUAGCAGAGUCCACGCCUGUCAGCAUCCAGUGACCCAUCGUUGUCAUAGCGAUGAGGCCUGCCCACCCUGUGCGGUGCUGACAGAGAAGAUGUGUAUGGGAGGACAUGAGGUGAGAAAGAACAUUCCUUGUUUCCGUCAGGACAUAUCUUGUGGGUUGCCAUGCCAACAAGCAUUACCAUGUGGACAGCACAGCUGUAAGAAAAUCUGCCACAAGGGACCGUGCUUGGAAGAAGGAGAAGCCUGUGUACAGUUGUGUAAUGUGGUGCGUCCUGAAUGUGGUCACCCAUGUGGAGCCCCGUGUCACAGUGGUUCCCCCUGCCCCAAAACAGCCUGUAGAGCUCAGAUUGUGAUCAAAUGUCGUUGUGAGAACAGAUCUGCUCGCGUAACCUGUUCCAGCGGAGGCCUUAACAACAUCACAGAUUUCCAAAGGAUGGCCACGUCCAACCUGGCCAGUUCACUGAGCAGCCUGCAGACUGGACAGAGUGUGGACAUUAGUGAGCUGGCAGCGGUCAAGAAGGGAGGACAGAGGAGACUGGAAUGUGAUAAAGAGUGUGCGCUCAUGGAGCGUAACAGGCGGGUGGCCCUUGCCCUGGAGAUCCGAAACCCAGACUUGUCGUCUAAACUCGGCAACCCAGCCUACUCCCAGUUCCUCAAGGACUUCGCCAAACAGAGCCCUCAGUUUGUGUCCAGUGUGGAGAAGAACCUGUCAGAGUUGGUCCAGUCAGCCAAACAGUCCAAGCAGCCAUUCCGUCGCCAUGGCUUUCCUCCCAUGAACAUGACCCAGCGACGGGUCAUCCAUGAGCUCGCAGAGUUCUACGGCUGUGAGACAGAGAGCUACGACCAAGAGCCCAAGAAAAACGUAGUCGCUACAGCCAGUAGGGAUCGCUGUUGGUUGCCCUCAGUGACACUGACCAGUUUGAUUCAGAGAGAGCUACAGCCCAAGGCUCCCAUGCCCAUCCCUCAUAAACAUAGCGAGACAGAGCUCAGGGAUGCCAUGCGGGAAAUGCGGCUCAGCACGGAUGUCUACGCAGCUCCCAAACGACCUGACCAAAACCCAGAGAGAAGCAAGCCUGUUGUGGAUUAUUUUGAUAUGACAGAUUAGUAUUUACUGGGUUGGUGAACGUCUCAUUGAGCAUAUGGAAGAGAUCAAAAGUCCCAACCUGUCAUAAACGGGAAAUGCCCAGCCCAGCCCAGCCCAUCCUGGACUUGUGGAUCAACAAACCAUAGUUACAAGGCCAUCUGUCUGUUCUUUAACGGAGGCUCUGUCUCUACUUUGCACUCUGUAAUCUACUUCAGAAGAAGUGUUUGGAGAUCUUUCCGUAGCUCUGUAGGGUCUGAACCGUCGUCCCUAGACACUGACUUCUUGAGAAUUUUUUGUUAUGAAUUUUCGUAAUUUUGGUGAGAUAUUAACAUGCCCUAUAGGAUUCUGUUUUUCAUGUUGGUUUUGUUUUGUUGUUUUUUUUUAGGAUGUAGAAAGUUUUUUCACUAGCUGUCCAACACUUGAUUACAUACUGACGAUGGUUGCAGCAUGUAUGCCCUUCACCUCAGAAUUCCUGAAUAAUGAAAUCAUAUCCUAGGAAAAGGCUGUGUUUCAAGGAAAAAAAAAUACA